AAUAUGCUGCAGACAUUAAGGAGCGUUUUUUACGUUGCGAUCGAUGUGGCGAGAGGCAUGUGCCCUGGGUGGUGCCGUUUGUGGGGAGCGCUGGGUGCAGCUGCUCGCGAACUGGCCGCCGUCCUGAGAAAUACGUGCAUCUCUGCUCAGAUACGAAGUAUAGAGACGGCAGCCUUGGUUUUUACGGAGACCAUUUAUAUGGUAAUAGUCACCUACAGGAAGAUUCCCGUAGUGUGCUCAUGCUUUCAUGCCGGAUUAAAGUUACAAGCAUGCAGUUACGUUUUAUUUCGAGAUCUCUGAUGUUCCUGCGGCAGCUGGGUUUGCAGCCCUCCUGGCAGUUUGGAGAUGUGUAUGGUCUCGAACCCGAGCUCCUCAGCAUGGUACCGAGGCCCGUGUGUGCGGUCCUGCUUCUCUUCCCUGUCACAGAGAAGUAUGAAUCUUACAGACUGGAGGAGGAGGCCAAAAUUAAGCUGCAAGGACAAGAAGUCAGUCCGGAGGUUUAUUUCAUGAAGCAAACGAUAGGCAAUGCCUGUGGAACAAUAGGCCUUAUUCACGCAGUGGCAAAUAACCAAGGCGUCCUGGAAUUUGAAUCCAACUCCGCCUUGAAAAAGUUUCUUGACCAGUCCGGCCCCAUGAGCCCAGAAGAGAAGGCUGCGUUCCUUGAAAGAGAUGAAAGUAUCCGUGUAACGCACGAGUCCAGUGCGCAGGAAGGACAGACAGAGGCUCCAAGUUUAGAUGAGAAAGUGGAUUUGCAUUUCAUUGCGUUUGUGAAUGUCGGAGGACACCUUUAUGAACUGGAUGGCCGUAAGCCUUUUCCUGUUGUGCAUGGGAAAACCACAGAGGACAACUUCCUAGAGGAUGCCACUGUGGUCUGUAAGAAAUUCAUGUCCCGGGACCCUGAGGAGCUCCGGUUCACUGUGGUGGCCCUUUCCAAAGCGUGAGGCUCCUGACUCUCCUUUCCUGAGCUGAAAGAGUAUUACUGCCGACCAUUCUCAAGUGCUGAACACUUAAGGAAUUAAUUCUUUUUAUAUAAAUUGGGUUGCAAUGGUGAUUCAAAUAACUGAAGAUUACAAAGAAACUCAAGUUCUGCAAAAUUCAGAUUAAAGAACUGAAUAGAAUAUAAGUGCACAAUACAGUUUUUGAAAAAUAUUUGUAUGCUAUAAUUUAUAUCACUAACUUAAUUGAGUGCCAUUGUGUUGUUCUCCCACCAAAAAAACAAUAAAGCUAAUCUUGGUUA